AUGGUCGCGGGGCAUGCCUCCAAAUCUGUCGUGAUCCCGAACACUCACCCUCUCAUAUACUAUCACGGCCGUUGGGACAAGUCUCCAGGGACGUGGUGGGCUGGGUCUGGGUUCAAGCUCAACGUCCAGAAUCUCUCUUCUCUGACUUUGAACCUUGGUUCUCAUACGACCACGCCUCUCGUCACCGUCGGCGUCUCGCUGGACUACGAGCCGUUCUACACUGUUAAUGUCUCCGCCGGCACCAACCCCAUCCCCCUCACUCAGUCGAGUGCACAGGCCCAAAAAUCAUCGCACACUGUCGUCAGGAUUAAUGCUGUAGGCUGGCAGGACAACCGUGUCAACCUCGACUCUAUCACCCUCAACUCUGGCGCGACUCUUCUUCCGUACAAGCCCUCGAAGCUCGCAUUCCAGUACAUCGGCGACUCGCUCUCAGCCGGCCAAUAUCUCCCGCAAGGUGUCGACCAGGCAUGGCCGUUUUUAACCGGCGAGUUCUUCAAGGCCGAGCACGUCGUCAUUGCACAGCCCGGCGCAGCGCUCAGCGACAUCCUGUCCUACGGGAACGUGCACGGAUUGUCGUACCAGUUCUUCAAGACGGAGGACGAUGGGUUCUUUUAUACGACGGACCACAACUACACGACGCCGUGGGACUUCAGACGCGACGUGCCUGCUGCGACGCACGUCGUGAUCCACAUAGGUGCCAAUGAUUCAGCGCAGAACGUGACCGGCGAUGCAUUUGUGGACGUAUACCUGAAGUUCCUGGCUCGGCUACGCACGAUCUACGAGCACCAGCCGAUUCUGGUCUUCACUCCCUGGGGCUGGCCUUCGGCUGACGGACCCAACAGCUACUAUUACGACGGCAGAUAUAGCGAGAUCGUCGACCAACGCAAAACCCUCGGAGACCACAACGUCUUCCUGGUGAACACGACCGGGUGGGUCACAUACGAGGACGUCUUCCCAGAUAAUCUCCACCCGAGCGUCGCUGGGCACGUCAAGAUCGCGGGCCUGUUCGAGAGAUGGCUCGGAGAAUGGGGGCUAGAGCCGCAAGGCGCGUGGGCGACGCCUGCUUAG